GAUCCGUAGCGAGUUCAAAUCGGAGUCAGAGUCGUGCGUGCAUACAUACAUAUGCCAUUUAAAUCAGUGGUGUGAAAGCAAUAAAGUGAAAUUAAUAGUGGUGCUUAAGACGUACCAAGGGAUCCAACGCGAUGGCCAGGACGCUUAAUCCUUGCCUUUUGAGUGGAAUCCUCUUCUGUCUGCUAUUCGCGGUAACUACAAGUGCCGAUGGCAGUUGCAGCAGAGGAUGUCCCAAAUCUGACAACGGUCUUCUGAAAUAUACCCCUGGCCACUUUUAUGAAUAUGCGUUCGACAGUAUUUUAACGGUUGGACUGAGCGCCGGUGCUGUAAGCGAGGCCGAUGAUACUAGCCUCAAAGUGACUGGUACUGCCAAAGUCUUUGCUGAGGGCAACUGUGGCUACACGCUGCAAGUUGGUGCCGUCAAAGUGACUAACACAAAGGAAUCUGUAGAGAAGAAAAUAGUGAACAACAUACAAAAGCCGGUGCACUUCACUUUGUCCAACGGCCAGGUGGAGCCAGAAAUCUGCACUGAUGCUGGGGACUCCGCUUAUUCUCUAAACAUUAAGCGUGCUAUUAUCUCUCUGUUGCAAUCGGGAACCGAAUCAGGUCACGAGGUGGACGUUUUUGGACAGUGCCCAACACACACAUCUAUAUCAAAGGCCGGCAAUGCUGAUGCUAUCACGAAAGUACGUAAUCUCAACAGCUGCGCCCAUCGCGAGCAAAUCAACAGCGGCCUAAUCUCUGGCGUGGUCAACGAGAAAGCUGGAAUCUCGUCCAGUCUUCUGUUCCAGGCUGACUACUCCAAAGAGUCGAAGGUUGAGCGCGGUGUUGUUGAGAACGUGCAGCUAGUAGAGACAUACAAGUUCGCGGGAGUCACCAAAGGCAACUCUGACGUGAGCGCUAAGGUACUGACUACUCUGAAACUUAAGAAUGCUGGAGGUACAGCUGGUUCGGCUCCAGCAACUGGUUCGGACAAGGCUAGCAUUAUUUUCCAGAAGCCUGAAACAUACACUGCCAAGAAUAUUAACGCCUUAAAGGCGGCUCUUUCGGAACUUGUUGACGCCACUAGCGACUACGUCAAGAAGGACAGUGCCAAGAAGUUUGUAGAGCUCAUCCGUCUUCUGCGUCAAUCGGACACCGACACUUUGCUGGAACUGGCAGCAUUCCCCCACCAAAACAAAGUGCAGGCCCGCAAGGUCUACCUGGAUGCCCUAUUCCGAACAAACACUGCUGAGUCGGCCAGAGCCAUUCUGAAACAGCUAAAUAAACUUGAUGAAAAGGAAAAAGUGUUUGCAAUUUUGUCACUAAACCUGGUUGAGUCGGUCGAUAAGGAGACUCUGACCCAAGCUACAGCUCAACUGACGCCAAACGCACCCAAGGAGAUAUUCUUGGCCGUCGGAACCCUAGUGGCCAAGUACUGCACUCGCCACGGAUGUGAACCAAGUGAGAUUGAACCCAUUUCCAAGAAGUUGGCUGAUAAUCUCAAGCAUUGCAAGGCCACCACCAAAAAGGAUGAGGAACGCAUUGUGUACAUUUUGAAGGGUAUUGGCAAUGCUCAGAGCUUGGCCGCCACCAUUGGAUCUGCUUUAACUGAGUGCGCAUCUACUGGAAGAUCCAAUCGUAUUCGUGUCGCAGCCCUGCAAGCUUUCUCGACUAUCGGAUGUGAUAGUGGCCUCCAGACAAAGGCUAUUGAAUUGCUUAAGGAUCAUAAUGAGGAUUCCGAACUUCGUAUUGAAGCCUAUCUGGCAGCCAUCGCAUGCCCCACUGCCGAGAUCGCUAACCAAAUUGCCGAGAUCGUCAACUCCGAAAAGGUGUACCAGGUCGGUGGUUUUAUUGCCUCCAACCUCAAGGCUAUACGUGACUCCACAGAUGCUACUCGGGAGCAGCAACGUUACCAUUUGUCCAACAUCCGCGUGACCAAGCAGUUCCCCCGCGAUUACAGACGCUACAGUUUUAAUAACGAAGUUUCCUACAAGAUCGACGCUCUGGGAUUCGGAGCAAGUUCGGACUACAAGUUGAUAUACUCGCAGCAUGGCUUCCUUCCUCGAUCCGCCCGCCUGAAUGUGACAACCGAAGUAUUUGGCACCAAUUUCAAUGUUUUCGAAGCGAGCGUGCGCCAGGAGAAUUUGGAGACUGUUUUGGAAUACUAUCUGGGUCCGAAGGGAUUGUUGAACAAGGACUUUGAGGAAAUUGUCAAGCUUAUCGAAGUAGGUGGACCUGAGGCUGGUGGCCGCGCCAAGCGAUCCAUUGCCGACGACACAUCAAAGACUGCAAAGAAAUACAAGACUUACGGCAGUAAAAAUGCCCAGGAUUUGAAUUUAGAUCUAUCGCUUAAACUUUUCGGUUCAGAGUUGGCUUUCCUGAGUUUGGGUGACAAUAUACCAAGCACAUUGACCGACAUUAUCAAGCACUUCUCUGCGGCUUUCGACAAGGUGAAGAGGGAGUUGUCUUCAUUCGAAAAACAAUUUGCCUGCCACCACCUUUUCCUGGACACGGAAUUCUCGUAUCCAACAGGUGUUGGUGUGCCACUUGAAUUUUCAGCCCAAGGCUUCGCCGCAAACAAGAUCGAUUUCGCUGUCAAUAUUGACGUCAACGACAUUCUAGAACAAAACUGGCAGAGGGCCAAAUAUCGUUUGAAAUUCGUGCCCAGUGUCGAUAUCGAUGUCAAUGUACAAUUGGGCUUCAAUGCCCAAGUUCUGUCAACUGGCCUGCGCGUUGUCUCCACCGCACACUCAGCGACUGGAAGUGACGUGACCGUAGCCAUUACCAGGGACGGAGACGGUUUUAACGUGGACGUCGAGUUACCCCGCGAAAAACUUGAACUAAUUGAUGUCAACCUAAAUACGGAGUUCUUCGUCGCCGAGCAAGAUAAGCAGAAGACAAUCGCUUUGAAGGGUGCCAAGAAACAGAAAGCAAGCCAGCCCAGUGAACUUUGCUUCAACCAAUUGGAGAUCGUUGGACUGAAUGUAUGUGUAGUCAGCUCUACUAGUAUUAAUGACAUAACGUCGAUUACCCACCAAGGAAGCGGUGCUGGAAAGGGACAUGCUCUGAUUGAUGAACUGCAUCUAUCACGACCAUUCUCUUUUGCCAUCUAUUUGACAACAGAACGCUAUUUCAAAUUCAAGGGUGUUCACUCGACCCUGCCAACAGGCAGCCAGCAAUGGAAACUGGACUACAGCACACCCGGAUCUAAGGUCUCGCACGAUACUAGUGUAGCUUUCGAAUUGGGCUCUAAGCCACGCACUUAUGGCCGCAUUUCUUUCGACAAUCCACAAUAUCACUUUGGAGUCGAAGCUGGAAUCUCCAAUGACAACAAGGAGUUGGUCCUUUACGGCCAGUACGAGCACGACAAGGAGAUCAAGAAGAGCAAGAUCGGAUUCUCCAAGAAUGGCAACGAAUAUAAGCCCCUCAUUGAGAUUCAAGACAAAAAUGGUGUCACAAACAACAUCAACGGCUACCACGCUGAUGGCAAGAUCGUUGUUCAGCAGACCGGCGAAAAGCAGGCCCGAUACAACUUCCAAAACUUCCAAAUUUCAAAUGCCAACAACGAACGCGUCGUGGUCAACGGAUGGGCAGAUGUUGGCCCAGCCUCACUUAACACCGAACUGCACGUUGCUCCUGGCCAGCAAUCUUACUUGGUAAAGACCAACUUCAAACUUGAGAACGGACAAUAUGCUGUUGGCUUUUUCGUGAACGAUGAGCGCUCUCCGGAAACUGUUUACGGAAGCUCGGCUCACUUAACCAUUGGCAAUCAACUGUACUCCUUGAAGACCACCGGUAAAGCUGUUACCUGGGCAAUCGACACUGAAACCGAGUUCGAGUUUGUAAAAGCAGAAAAUUCGAAUGCCAUAAGGUCGGGCAAGUUCUCCCACAACGUGGCUAUUCAGCAUAAGGGCAAACCAGUCGGCGGCCUGAAAGUGAAGUCCACUUUUGAUGCAAACAAAUUCCAAGUGGAGGCGGAAGCCACACGCGACCAGAAGGUCGGAUCUAUCAAUGUCAAGUAUCAGAGCAAUCAGCGAUCGGUUCGGGACUUUGCUUUGGAGGCUAACGUGAAGCUAAACAAACAUUUCGUUGACCUUGUCUCAAAGUGUGAUGUCAAUGGAAAUUUAUUUGUUGUGGAUAACGUUCUAACCACCAGCUGGGGCACUUCACUGACUCUUAAGGGUGAAUUAGGCCAACGGUAUACCGCACAAGAUAUCCACAUUGAUCUACAAGGUAGCGGUCAAUUUAGCGGAAAGGACAAGCCUACCCAAUGGACCCUUAAGGUUAUUGGCGCACCAGACAAAACCAACAGCGAAUUCCAUCUCAUCCGCGACAACGCAGAUCUAAUCAAGUUCACCGGUGAAUCUCAACACCCUCAGGAUAAGAUCUCUGCAGCUAAGAUUAACUUGAUUGUUAAAAAUCUGCUAACUGCCAAGGCUGACUUUAAGGUCGCCAAGAAUGGAAAGGGAGAACUGACUGCCACCGUCGAAACUCAAAAGACGGAACCUAAGCACAAGCUUGAAGUAGACACCAAAUUCCUGGUUCUUGCCCCUAAAUAUGACAUCGAUACUACCUUAACCCUGGACGGUGAAAAGAAGCUUCAUCUGAAGACUGAGAACAAUCUGGAUAAGCUAAAGUUCUCCACCAAAAAUGUUGUGGAGGCAAACAACAAAAAACUAUCCUUCGACUCGGCUGGUAGCGUUAAGGGAGAUUGGCGUUCAAAUGGAGAAAUUCAGGGCACGUUUGUUCUGACGACUCCGGAGGGCCGCGUUAUUGAUGGCAGCAUUAAUCGCAAACUGACAGCCAAUCCAAAAACCGGUAUUACCCAGGGCAAUGUAGAUGCACAAAUUGGUGAACAGCAACCCGGCGGUGGCAAGAAGCGCUCGUUGGCUAUCAAAGGCAAAUUGGAAAGCUUGAAUGUCAAGACCAAGGAAUUCUCUGCUAAUAACCAACUUGUGUACACUCCAUAUGAGGGCCAAAAAUGGGAGAUUUCGAACAGUGUGAAACAUCUGGCGAAGGGCAGCAGCAAGAGCUUUGAAUUUGAGUCCACCUCCAAUGGUAACUCUUUUUUCAAGCCAUCACAAUUUUCCAUUGUGGUAGAUGAGUAUAGCCAAGUGCAUGCAGUUGGACGUGUGUCGGGCAAAUAUGGAGAUCGUCUAUCUUACAACCUUAACGGAAAGUACCAUCUUGCUCAAGGCAAUAUGCCAGCUACCUAUGAAUUCCAGAGUAAUCUGCAAGCCCCCGAUUCCAUCGUCAAAUCGUGGGAGGUGAACAGCAACGGCAAGGUGUUGAAACCAUCGGUGACCGAGGACAACAACGGUGCCCACCAUAUUGAAUUGUUCUUUGACACAAAGACCGGAAAUGGACUGUUUGGACGUGUAAACACCGUUUGGAAGGGCACACCGCAACAGGGUACAUACUCAUUCGAGUCCCAAAACAACAACAUGGCUUCUCCCUUCAAAUUCGACGGAAGCUACCAGCGCCAGCAGUCUGGCUCUAUCCGGGACGGAGAUGCCAACGGCAAGCAAAAGUACGCAUUCAAUGCUCAAUACGGCGAUAAAUACCUGAAGACUAAUGCUGAUGUUACUUAUGCUGCUGGAGAAACGGCUACAUUGCACUUCACAUUUGACUCGAGCCACGAGACGGCCAAGAAUAUUGAACUCGACAUUCGCAGCCACAAGGAAAUCGAAGAUUCAUAUGUGAUCUCUGUGCAAGCUAAACAGGCUGGUAAGUCCUAUGACUGGGAAACAAAACUAUACCGUUCUGCUCACAGAAAGGGUGUCGACGUCCAUAUCAAAUUGCCAUCGGGUCAACCCAUCGUACUUACCGCCAUUGUGGAAGUGCUGGGCGAACGUAAGGCUAAGCUAACCCUGGAUAUUCAAAACCUGGCCGAUUUGGACUUUAAGCUUAACACAGAAGCAUCGUACGCGAACAUUGACGACUUUUACAUUGUUGGCAACUGGGACUCCAAGAAGCUUAAACUCGAUGGAUACGUCUUGGACGCCCGCGCACAAGGCAAAAACAUCAAGAUUCAAUUGAAGAAUGCCCAAGGAAGUGUUUUCCAAGGUACUGCCACAUACGCACUGAAAAAGGAACAGAACAAGGCUAUAAUUGAGGGUCAAGGACAGGUUCAAUACCAAGGCAAGUCCCACUCGGGCAACUUUAAGUUGACUCGUCAACUGUUUGAUCUUAACACUGACAAGGAAGUCGGAUUCGCAUAUAUCUUCAAUGGCAACUUUGGCCCCAAGAACGGCGUAUCAACCUUAAAGAUAACGAAUAAGGAGUUCAACUCGAAACUGUCUGUUUGCGAGGAGAAGAAACAGUGCACCAAUGUUCAAGUCCAAUCGAUCAUCACCGUUGAUGAACAGCAAUUGGACUCUACUCAGCAUUCCGCCCUAAUUCUGGUCGAUUUGCGUGAGCUCGGACAUCCAUACGAGUUUGAGUUGAAAUCACAGACCAUCCGUCAAGGAUUCAAGUACCAAUAUAGCCUUGAUGGUCUCAUCGUCUCCGGAAAGAACCUGAAAUACCAAGUCCAGGCCAACGUUCUGCCGACGGGUUCAACGGUUAAGCUAUCACUUCCAAAACGUCAAAUACUGUUCGAGACUAAGCAACAGAUUCCCAGUGAUGGAAAGUUCUUUGGCCACUAUGAACAAUCUGCUUCCUUCUACAUUGACAAAUUGCAGCGCCCCAACGACGUGGCCAGUGUAUCAGCCGUCUUGGACAUCUCAGGAGUCGAACGUGUUGCCCUCAACGCUAAGGGUCUCAUCAAGCUUGAACACCCAACUAUUCGUCCACUAAGUAUUUCUGGUCAUUUGGAUGCCAACCGCAAUCAGCGUAUUGCAAAUGGUGAAUUGGUAUUCGAUGUAUUCCGAGUACCGGAACAGAAGGUGAUUGUAACCAGUGAGGUGCGCAAUAUCAAAGAUCAGAAUGGCUUUAAUGUGACGGCCGUUCACAAACUGCGUUCCACUGGACUGCAAUUGCAGUAUGAGAUAAACACUCACUCAGCCGUAAAUACGGAGACACGGGAGGUUAGUGCUGGUGCUGAGCUGCACAGCGGAAAUACCGAUAAGGCUGCUGCCUGGCUUUACGUAAACAAGGAGAAGUUGGAAAUUUCGAUCAGCGCUUUGAAUGAGCAAAUUAUCCAAGUGGUCGGCGAUUACAACAAGCAGAAGCGUGUUGCAAAGUUGAACUACAAACUGCAGCCAUUCGGUCUUAAGCCUGUCGAAGUCUCGAGCGAAUUCCAGCCAACCUGGGCAAAGUUUACUCUGAAGCGUGCAGAUUUAUUGGACGCCAAUGCCGAAAUAAAACUUGGCAAGGAGAUCAAGUUCGAUGUGAUCGGCAGUGGUAAACAGAUUUUCAAUGGACGUGUGGCUCUAGAUGCGGCGAACUUCCUGCAAACCAGCUAUAAAUCUAACGAGGAUGAUGUCAAAGCUUUCCUGAACACUGUCGAGACGGAAGUGAAGGCAGAAACCGAAGCUAUUACCGAGAAGGUUAAACAGCGUUUCGAGAAAUUGCGUCAAGUUGCUGAUCAUCAGUUGAAGUUGGCUAAGGAGAGCACACCGGACUUUACUAAGCUGAAGGCCAGCUACGAUGAAAAUGUCAAAUCAAUUAUCCAUGAGCUGGAGUCCGAUCCUACCUUGGCAUCGAUCAUUGAGAGCAUUCGCACCUUGUACGAAAAACUCACAAAGAUUAUUGACGAAGUGACGAAGUCGACAUCGGCUGCUUAUGAAAAGGUUCACAAGACUUUAGUUGAAAUCUAUGAGAAACUGCAGGCAGUGUGGAAAGACUCAGUGCUACAGGCCUGGGAGCAGUUUGUUGUGGCUGCCACCAAGCUGAUCGGUCAGUUGCGUGUUGAAAUCGUGAACGCCUACACAAAGGCCUUCAAGGAUAUCCUAGCCAUUCUCGAGAAAUACGGACCAGCACUGAAGAACUACGGCAAGGCCAUCAACGAGUCGCUCAAGCCGGUUCAGGAUGCUGCUCAGGAAAUUGUCAAGGUCUUGGUAACUGCCGCUGAAGAAAUCAUUGAGGAAGUCAAAAAGUACUUGGCCCAGCUCCCAUCCUUCGAGAGCAUCCAAGCUGAAUUUAACAGCAAGGUCCAAAGCUUGAAGCUCGUUGAAAAGACCCUAGAAUUCCUCAACAACCUGUUCGAUCAGUUGCAUAUUUUGCCACAAACUCCAGAAACCAACGAACUAUUGCAGAAACUGCAUGAAUACCUGGAGGCCAAAUUGAAGCAACAAUCGAUUAACGAUGAGAAACUUUUGGAUGAACUGGUUAAGCUGUUUGUCAAGGCAGUCCGCUCAAUCUGGCAUUCAAUUGAAAGCAGCGCUCCAUCUGCUGGAUUCCCUGUGGGAGAUUUGCAAGCCUGGUUCAGUUCCCUGCCCCACUCCGUUAACGCUUUUGGCAAACUGCCGGCACUCCUGACGUUCCGCUCCAGUGCGAUCAACUUUUUCCUCAACGAGAACUGGGAGACAGUCUUCAAGAAGGAUCUGUUUGGUUCAUGGGUGUUCUUCCAAGACUUUGAGCUGCGCGGCCACAUUGUCGAUGGCCAGCAUGUGUUCACCUUCGAUGGACAACACUACGCGUACCCAGGUAACUGCAAGUACAUUCUUGCCCAGGACAGCGUGGACAAUAACUUCACAGUGGUCGCCCAAUUGACCAACGGCAAGCUCAAGUCCAUUACCCUCGUCGAUCGGGAUGAGAAUUUCCUUGAAGUAUCUGACACCGUUGCUCUUAAGGUGAACGGCAAGCCUGUAGAGUACCCACAGCACUUGCCCGGCAUUCACGCCUGGCGCCGUUUUUACACAGUCCACCUGCAUUCUGAGUAUGGAGUCACUGUCAUCUGUACCACCGAUUUGAAGGUCUGCCACGUUAACGUCAAUGGCUUCUACACUAGCAGAACCCGUGGUCUCCUGGGCAACGGCAACGCCGAACCCUAUGACGACUAUUUACUCAUUGAUGGCACCUUAGCAGCUGACUCCGCCACUUUGGGCAACGAUUACGGUGUCGGUAAGUGUGCGGCGGUGGCAUUCAACAAAGAUCAGGUUGAAAGCCCGGCUCGUGAGGAGAUUUGCAGCGAAAUCUUUGGACUAGAAUCCCCUCUGGCAUUCCACUAUCUGACGCUCGACGCAAGAACCUAUCGCACGUCUUGUGACAUUGCCCUACAAAAGAUCCCCGAGAAGGAGAAGGAGUCGACUGCUUGCACAUUUGCCUUGGCCUACGGAUCAGCCCUGAAGCAACUGCACAAAUGGGUGUUGUUACCCUCACGUUGUCUCAAGUGCGCCGGCGCUCCUGGCCAACGUGAAGUGGGUGAAGAAUUCUCCGUAAAGAUUCCAAACAACAAGGCUGAUGUCGUCUUUGUCGUCGACAUUAACGUGACCCCCCUUGUUCUGAGCAAUCUGGUUGCUCCAGCAAUUAACGAAAUACGCGACUCACUCAAAUCCCGCGGCUUUAGCGAUGUGCAAGUUGGUGUCAUUGUCUUUGAUGAAUCGAAACGGUAUCCAGCCCUGCUGACAAGCGACGGCGGCAAAAUCAACUACAAGGGUAAUGUGGCAAACGUUCAACUGAAUGGUCCCAAGAACUUCUGCGAUAGCUGUGUGGAGCAGAUUAUCACCGAAAAGCGACUUUUGGACAUCUACAAUGUCCUGGAGAGGCUCGUGAAGAGCGUGGUCCCUGGAUCAGAUGAGAAGGCGUUCCAUCUAGCCCUCGACUAUCCAUUCCGCGCUGGCGCAGCUAAGAGCAUCGUUGGUGUUCGCAGCGAUUCGCUUGAGUACAAGAACUGGUGGAAGUUUGUGCGGGCGCAAAUAACAGGAACUGUCACCAAAUUCGAUGGUGCCCUGCUUCAUCUGAUUGCUCCAGUGAAAGGACUGUCCUUGGAGGGAGUGCCAGCCGAAAAAUUAGUUGGCUUUAACUCUCGACUUGUCGCCACCACUGAAAACAAGGAUAACAAGAAGCGCACCAAACUCCAGUUCGAGAACGAUAUGGGCAUUGACUUUGUUCUCAACAAUGGCGGAUGGGUAUUCGAUACACAGAACUUCGACAAGUUGAAGGCUCCGGAGCAGAAGAAGGUACUCAACCAAGUUACUUCCUCGAUUGCCGAUACUUUGUUCAAGACCGAAAUCGUCAGUGACUGUCGCUGCUGGCCAGCCCAUGGCCUGCAUGGUCAGCACAAGUGUGCCAUUAAGUCGUCCACCUUCGUACCAAACAAGAAACCCAAGGCCGCGUAGAUCCCCACAGGAGUGCUUGGUCACUCGAAUCAACAUUAAUCUUUCCGAUGGAUAAUCUAAAUAUCUAAAAUGUAUAUAAGUUAUUAAAAAUAUGCACACAUAUCCUCAAAAAAUUUAAA